AAAAGAUAGAACUCCCAAAUUACUCAAGGUUACGACGUUCUUUUCCAUUUCUAGGGCACUCGCUCUCUUUCUGACCCAGAGAACUCUCCCUCUCUAUAUCUUUUCUACUUGUAGGGCUCUCUCUCUCUUGCUGAACCAGAGAAGUCUCUCCCUCUCGCUAGAAUGGCUGUGCUCUCGGAUGAUAGCGGUAAACGCUUAGUGCCUGAAGACUCGGGCCAAUUUUUGUCCAAGUAUAUUCCCUUUCUCACUAAGGGGCUUUGUAGUGACUGCACUGAGAUUUUGUGUGGCCGUAUUCGGCAGUUGGCUCUUGGGAAUAUGGAUAUGGAUUCAUUAUCAAAUGGACAUUGUGAGGAUCACAAGGAGUCUACAACAGAUUCAAGUUUGACUUCAUUGGAUAGAAACUCCAAUAGCCACUCAAAUGGAAACUAUAAAAACUCACAUAAAGGCUCAAGCAAGGUGUCUAGUUCCAAGAAUGAGGAACUUGAUGAAAUGCUCAUAUCUGAAGUUCAGAAUAAGAGGACUUCAUUGUCGAGAGAUGACAGAGAGAGGAUUCGUCUUUUGCAAGUGGGGAGGAAAAAGGAUUUUGUAUGCGUAGAAAGGGUCAAUGGGAAAAUGGUUAACAUUCUCCAAGGACUUGAGCUGCACACUCGUGUUUUCAGUGCUGCUGAACAGAAUAGAAUUGUCGAUUAUGUUCACAGCCUUCAAGAGAUGGGGAGGAAAAAUCAACUUAGAGAACGAACAUAUUCAGAACCACGAAAAUGGAUGCGCGGUAAGGGACGUGUGACCAUUCAAUUUGGUUGCUGUUACAACUAUGCUGUGGAUAAGAAUGGGAACCCACCAGGCAUUAUUCGUGAUGAGGAAGUAGACCCUAUUCCUCCCCUCUUCAAAACAAUGAUCAAGAGAAUGGUCAGAUGGCAUAUCCUUCCUACAACUUGUGUUCCCAACAGCUGUAUUGUGAACAUCUACGAUGAAGGAGACUGCAUACCACCCCAUAUUGAUCACCAUGACUUUGUCCGCCCUUUUUGCACAGUGUCAUUCCUCAGUGAAUGCAACAUACUUUUCGGUUCCAACCUGAGAAUCUUGGGACCUGGAAAAUUUGCCGGUUCAUUUUCAAUCCCUUUGCCUGUCGGGUCAGUGCUGAUCAUGAAUGGCAAUGGUGCCGAUGUGGCAAAACAUUCGGUGCCAGGUGUUCCAGCAAAGAGGAUUUCCAUCACCUUCAGGAAGAUGGAUACCAGGAAGCACCCGUAUAAGUUUUUACCUGAUCCAGAGCUUGAGGGCAUCAGCCCUUAUGAUCCAAAUGAGUCGCUGCCUCAAGCUCCACCAUCUCGUCCUAGUGAGCUGCAAUUCAAUCACUCUGCAGAAGGAGAGGGAGAGACAGAUGGAAACAACUUUUGCUACGAAAAUUCCCAAUUCCCACCACUUGGAGGCUCAAACUCGGCUGUAAGGCCAAGAAACAGAAGAUAGGGGUGACCAAAUCUAACAUUAUGAGCUGGUCUUUGUAGUUGGUUUAUUCCACAUUGUAACGUUUAUUCAAUUUCAGGAAAUUCAACUCUUUAUGUGCCA